GUCUUCUCGUCAGCCUAUCGUUCGUUCACAAGUCCACCGCUGGCACUCUGGCUGGACUCUGUUGACUUGAUAGCGCCAUCCGGACAUCGUACACCGUCGCUCCUUUGCAUUUCACCGUUCAUCAAAUCACUCGCCCGCCUUUCGGAACGUAGACUGCUGCUAGUCACGGUGCGCUCAUCGAAGCAACUUCGCACCAUCUGGCCUGCGCCUUAG